CCAAUUUUCAGCUUUAUCAGUUUAGGAAAUGUGGUGAGCAAUUGCAAUGGGUUGCAACUUUUCUUCUCAAAGUAAGGUGUCUGAUGUUCCGGCUGCUUGUGACAAACCAAUACCGGAACCUGAUGUGAUAGGAAAAGAAGAGAACAUUGAGCCAAUUGAGCAUUCAGCGGAAAAAGAAGUUGUUGAAAAAAAGGAAUCUACACCUGUUCCACCACCAUCUAUUUCUCCACAAGUUGCGCUCCAAGUUCCCGAAAUUCGUGCAUCUCGUUCAAUUACUCCCGCUUCUCAGAAAUCGGAAGAUCCAUACAGCCAUAUUAGACUACUUCUUCUCGGAUCCGCAGAAAGCGGAAAAACAACCGUUUUGGAGCAAGUCCGGUUGCUCUAUAAACAACAUUUCACAGAGUCUGAAUAUUUUCAUCGACGUGCAUUCAUCUAUCACAAUAUUUUCAAAAGUAUCAAAGCGUUAUGUCGUGCCAUGAGAAUGUCCGAUAUUCAAUUUGCAGACCCAAUCAAUAUGGGUCGUGCUCAAUCCAUAAUAGCUGAUGAACAUGGUCAUUAUGGUUUAUUCUCAAAAGAUUUGGCUGAAAAGAUAAAACACAUUUGGAAUGACAAAUCUAUGCAAAAACUUUACGCUCGACGGAGUCAAUUUAAUUUGAAUGAUUCAGCAUCUUAUUUUCUUAACAAUAUCGAUAAGAUAAAUAUGGUGGAUUAUAAGCCGUCUGAAAGAGAUCUCAUCAUGGCUUAUGUUCCAACUUGUGGUGUUCAAAAUGUCAUAUUUACUGCUUGUAAUCAAUCUUUUCAAUUAUUUGAUAUUGGUGGACAGAAAAUUGAUAGACGGAAGUGGGCUUUACAAUAUGAAGGGAUUGAUGCAAUAUUCUUUUGCAUCGCAAUUUCUGAAUAUGAUCAAGUGAUGAGCGAGGAUAUGGUUACGAAUCGAUUAGAUGACGCUCUGAAUUUGUUGCAAUCAAUCAGUGAAGACCCAGCGUUUGCAACAACUCCAAUCUAUUUGUUUUUGAAUGAAAUUGAUGUUUUCUGUGAAAAACUCAGCGUCAUUCCAUUAUCAAAGUAUAAACCGGAUUUUAAAGGUGGUGAUCAAGAUGAUGCAAUAGACUUUAUGGAAAAUCUUGCAUGCGAAGCUCUUGGUAAACGUGACAGGUCCCUAUACCGUGUCUAUCGAUGUAUUGCAAUUGACACACAAAUGAUGGCCGAAUUGUUAUCAACUGUGUUUAAAGAUAUUGCAAAAAGAAAGAAAUAACUACUGUUUGUAUAAUAUUUAAUUUAUAUUUUUAAUUGAAAUCCAAUCAAUUCAUCACAUGUAAUUUUAUUUAAUUCCCACACUUGUCAACACUUAUGUUGUCACCCAAUAAACGAAAGGAAAACGUUGCAAAAAAGUGAAAGAGAAAGAUUUAUUCUU